CACCCAGAGCAACUAAUUUUUCUAUAUUUUGUCAAAAACCGACAGUUUCAAUUCCCAAAAUGAGUGAUGAUAUUCAAAGAAAAUUACAAAAUGAAUUAGAUAAUUUCAAGAAAACACAGAAAGAGUUACAGAAAACUAUUCAAAACAGACAGCAACUUGAUGGCCAGUUAAACGAAAACGAACUAGUAAAACAAGAAUUAGAUUUACUUCCAAGCGAUGGUAAAGUCUAUAAAUCUGUAGGACCAGUUCUGAUCAAAACUGAGUUAGUAGAAGCCAAACACAAUGUUAGUAAGAGGAUAGAUUAUAUAAAUGCGGAAUUAAAACGUGUGGACAAUAUGAUUAUUACUUUAGAGAAGAACCAGGAUGGCCACAGAGAAGGAUUACAAAAAUUACAACAUCAAUUCCAACAAGCUCAAGUUAAAGCCGCUUUACAUGCAUAGUGUUUCAAAAAUGAUAACAGUUCUAAUAUGAACAUUUUUGUUUAGCUUUAUUUAACAUUUGUAGCUUCAUGGCUUUUACUAAUGAUGCCUUGAAAGGCCCAAUUAAAUAAUUUUUGCAUAAUUGGUUUUUAGUUAUAUCCACACCUAAAAUUUUGGAUGUGAAAGUUUAAUUACUUCAUAUUUUGGAACACCAUUCUAUUUAUAAUAAAAAUUCCAAACAUUAGGUAGUCCUUAUUUCAAUAAAAAUUCACAAUUAAAAUGGCAAAUAUCUAUAAAUAUAUUAAUUCAGGACUCUUCUAAAUGAUUUUACACCUAAACCUAAAAAGUUAAUAAUGGAGGUUAUGUCUGCCCGAAGAAGUGAAAAAGAAUUACCGUUGUGGGGCCUUCAUAAUGUAAUAAGUUAAAAAAAACAUUUAUUCAUACUAGGAAAUUUUGAUGUAAUUUUUUUUGAAUUU